CGGCCGGCUGGGCCUUUCCGCCCUGCUGGCGGCCGCCGAGACGGCGCCCACCGGCAGCAAUAUCUACCUGGUGACAGAUCGGGCGCCGGGCGACACCGCCUACCACCUGCCGGCGCUGCAGAUGCUGGCCGACACUGAGUCCCGGGUGAACCUGAUUCUCACCAACGGCGCCGGACUUCCGAACGUGUUCGGUCCGGCACCGGUGCCCGGCACCGGCCCCCUCGGCCAAGCCGACCGGCGAGGCCUGUUCCUGGACCCGCUGGAGCUGUACAGGAACGUCACCAGGUCGUCCGGGGGAAUCCUGGUCGAUGCCGACAAGGCUGGAGCGGCGGAUGUGCUGCAGAUGCUGGAUCUGGCGGCCAACAACUCAAAGGCCACCAUCCUGCUGGCGUACGACGUCGGCUUCCCCACCUUCUCCUACACGUUCGCCGUGGACCAGACGGUGUCGCAGCUGGAGGUGGUGCUGACCGGGGCGGUGACCUCGGCCCAGCUGGCCUCGCCGCGCGGCGCCCGGUUUGACCUGCUGCUGCCGCCGUCGGCUGCCGAGGACGCCCGGCCGUCGGCCGCCCUCGUACGAGCCGUCAUCAGCUCUGCCAGUCUGCACGUGCUGCAGCUGGACGAGCCGGUGGGAGGCGACUGGAGGCUAGAUCUGGCCAGUCCGGACCUCUACUACCCGGCCCACGUCGCCGUCAGAGCUGUCACAAACCUGGACAUCCGGGCCUCGGUGGUGGUCCUGGCAGACCAGGGAGUCACACAUCCGGGAAUGCAGGUGGCCCGCGGCAAACUCGUUACAGGCAACCAGGGUGGCCCGCCGCCUCACGUGCUGCUCCAGCUGGUCAGCACCGACGACCAGCCGUUCCGUGACGUGGACGAGGUGCGGCUGACGGACCUGGCCGGCGCGGCGAUCGCCGACCUGCCGUACGACAUGGCGCCCCGCUGGGACGCCUACCUGCCGCUGCCGGCCGCGCUGCUCGGCCUGCCGGCCAAACUGCGGGUGAAGGGUCGGGCCCGCGACGGGAGCCGGUGGGAGCGCGAGGCCCUGCUGCGCGUCACCACCUCGGCCGUGACCUUGACCGCGGUGCGACCCGAGGUGGGCGCGGCUCGUCCCGGAGAAACCGGAAAUAUCGAGUUUGUGCUGACCAACGAGCUGCAGCAGCCUCGCACGCUCCAGCUGCACGCCACCGACGACAUGGGGUAUGUGCAAUCGCUGAGCGACACGGAGUUGGUGCUGCCGCCGCGCCAGAGCCGGCUGGUGACGCUACGGUACUACGUGCCGCCCGAGGCGCGGCCCGGAGACGCGGCCACUGUCCAGCUCUCCGCAAUGGUGUCCACGCUCGAGGACGGGGCGGCCGCUCAUCAGACGCUCACCGUGCUCGGGCAGGAGGAGGACUCAUCCGCUCCGACCUGCACCGUUCAGCCGGGGGCGGACGUGGACUGCGGCGAUUAUCUGACCGAGGACGACUGCGAGGAACGCCUCUGGUCCGUUGACAUUGUGGCUUCCGACUCCGGAGCAGGCAUUCACGAGGUGCACGUGUUUCCGCGGAACGUCGGCCAGCUGACCACGGACAGCUUCGUGGUGGGCAUCCAGCAGAUGCAGGCUACGUACCGGGCCUCGUGCUGCCACCCCAAGGCCAACAUCACGGUGGUGGACCGACUGGGCAACAUUGGCACAUGUGUCAUGGACCUGGGCAACGUCUCCUUCGGACCGCUGCUGGGAUCCGCCGGGCUGGUCCUGGCGAUCCUGAUCCCGAUUCUGAUUCUGAUCCUGCUCAUCGUGGCGCUCAUCUUCUGCCUGGUGCGGCGCCGCAAGCACAGCAAGUCGACCGACCUGCCGACGGUGGAUCAGCAGCGGCGUCAGGAGCGGCACCGCCAGCUGGCCGAGGGGGCCGACCAGCCCUCCGGCCAGACGUGAGCCGCGCCGGGCCCGGACUCCGGUGUGGGCGCCGUCAGGAGGCGCUGGACUCGGCCGGACGGGCGGGUGUCACCCGGACCAGGCGACUGCCGCCGGUCACACGCUAAGAAAUUACGUGCUUCGAGUCCGGAAGGUGUCAGUUGUUUUUGUCAACAGCCCCAGGGUUGCUGUCGUUUCGGGAUGACUUCGCUGUGUUUGCAUACUUCGCGGGACGUGGCUGUAACAGCCAUACGAAUGUUCAUGUUCUGGAGGGUUUAGGAAACGGUACAUGCUCGAAUUUCUAUGUUCUUAAUAUGACCUGGCUCUUGUUCCACGGUACCGGCAUCAACACGCCCUUACUUUCACAACAUCGACACCAACUGCCUUUUGAGGUUGAGCAUGUCCGGUCAUAACUAGUCAAAGGAUGUCACCGGAAUAUGUCAACCAAUCCAUCGUCUUACAACGCUGUCGCUUUUCAUAAUGAGCCAUUGCGGUACGAGCUCAAUUAUUUACCUACAUUAUUAAAUUAUCACACUAUGGCGCCUCCAAGGAUAUGACCGCCGCAAUGAUCGUCUUCUGAAUCAUUUAGGUGUCUUGAUGCUUAUUAGUUGAUUACGAAACGUGUCGCUAGUCACUGAAUGUUCCUGAUAUUUGUAUCAAUACAUGGUGUU